AUGGCUACAGCGGGGCGUCGGUUUCACAAUUCGCACUGAUUCAUCCUAGCCAAACUCGUUAGCUCUACCGGCGGAAGCAGCAGCAGCAGCAGAGAGCGACUGACUGUUGAAUAUGGCUGAACCUGAGCAGCACGAAGGAGAGCAGGACCUCGAAAAGAAGAUUGAGGAGACGAGGCUGAGAUUCAACAACGAGUUCGUCCAAGAUUCUACAGAAAAAUAUGACUCCAGAGAUGUGGAGAGGCUCCAGACCGAGGAUGCUCUGGCGGAGGGUUACCUCACAUGGAGGAUGUAUGUUGUUGACGAUGCCUUGAAAAUGAUCGAUGAUAGUUUCCAGUGGAGAAAAGAGUUUGGUGUGAAUGAUCUUACUGAGAGCAGCAUUCCAAGGUGGAUGUUUGAGACUGGUGCUGUCUACCUCCACGGCUAUGACAAAGAAGGCAACAAGCUCUUCUGGUUCAAAGUAAAGCUUCACUCCAAGGAUACAAAAACAAUAGUUGACAAGAAGAAGUAUGUUGCCUUCUGGUUGGAGCGGUACGCCAAGAAAGAACCUGGGAUGCCACUGACUGUUGUGUUUGACAUGGCAGAGUCCGGCCUCAGCAAUAUAGACAUGGAGUUUGUGAAGUACGUUAUAAAUUGCUUCAAAGUUUAUUAUCCAAAGUUUCUGUCCAAAAUGAUCAUUGUGGAUAUGCCUUGGAUCAUGAAUGCGGCAUGGAAGAUUGUGAAGUCGUGGUUGGGUCCCGAGGCAAUCAGCAAACUAAAGUUUGCUUCCAGAUCUGAGGUCCAUACUUUUAUAGGCCCUGAGUACCUGCCAACUCACAUGGGUGGAACGGACCCCUUCAAGUAUAGCUACCCACCUCUUCCUGAUGACGACUUCCAAACACCCAUCUCUGACAAUGGACAUAUUGUUGGUGAGGACGACACAGAGAGCAAAGAGGGUGAAUUGGAGGUCAAAGAUGCCCUCGAGUCCAGCUUCAACUCAGAGGUUGCAGUUAAACCCAAAAAGGUGAAUUUCCUGGAAGACAGUGUGAAGUCAGAGGACAGUGAUAAAACAGACACGAGUGCCAGGACCAAAGGAGCCAGGAAGCCACUGACCACCUUCAAAGGGCCUUUGCUAGACGUUAGCCCUGCAGAGGAGCUCAGCUUCGGUUCUGGAGACACCGAGAAGAAGUGUCUCAUUAUCCUGAGCAAUGUGACCAAGAAUCAAGUGGCCUUCAAGGUACGGACCACAGCACCGGAGAAGUACAGAGUGAAGCCCAGCAGCAGCUGCUGUGAACCAGGAGCUUCCGUUGAAAUAGUGGUUUCCUUACAUGGAGGAUCUCAGGCUUCGCCGCAGGACCGAUUUUUGGUCAUGGCGGCUGAGAUGGACAACGUUGGAUCCCAGGACCUGGCCCAGUUCUGGAAAGAAGUACCAAAAGCCAAGAUCAUGGAACACAGAUUGCGCUGCAAUAUUCUGGAGAGCUUCAAACCAGCAGUCAGUAUUCUGAGGGAUAGUCCUGUGGAUACAGGGACCAGCGGGCAGCAGGAAUCAGACAUAAUGCUCAUGCGGAUGACGGCCUGCAACUUUCGGCUAGAGCAGAAGCUGAACACGUGUCUCUGGCUGCAGAAGGUUCUCACGGUGCUGGUCCUGGUCCUCGUGGCGCUGAACCUGCUCUGUCUCUACCUGCUGAGCACGGCCCAGCCGAAAUCUUGAUGUCACCCCAGCUCCCUCCGCCUGCUAUAAGUCAAUCACAGACACGAGACGGUUCCGGCUGGGCCUCGGUUGAUCGCCUGCGCUCGCCCCCCCCCUCCCCGGAUUCCCCAAACAGGCUUCCGUCAUAGAGAGGAGGAGCGCUGACUUUAGGGACAUGUGAGUCGUUGUGGAGUUGUUGUGUGAAGAGAUUGUACUCAUCGAUUUCCAGGCACUUGAGAGUUAACAAAGACACUUUUAACAAUGGGACAUCAAAUCAUUCGUUCAUUUUUUUCUAAGAAGGAUCAUAAAAUAAAUGUGUAUUUAUUGCAAAAGUAACAAUAUUUAGAAAACAAAGAGUUAUUUUUGUGAUCAUUAUGUACAAUUUUUUACAUUAGAUGAAUCUACAGAAUGUGAAUAAACUCUUUUUCAACUUCC